AGCUUCUCCCCAGCUCAACUGGUUAUUGCUCAGCGGCAGCUCUUACUCAUCUGAAUCUAGGUACCGGAACUCACUUUCCGGGAGCUUUGCAGAAGUAUCCACUGCUUUGCGUCGCUGAGUCUGCGGCAGAGACAGCUGUUCCCGUCCCACCGCCCACCCCUGCCCUGAACAAUGGUGAAGUACGGCCUCGACUACACGCGGUGCAGAUGGAUCCUACCCCUGCUCCUAGGCAUAGGAGUCAUCUUUGGUAUCAUUGCGCUGGCGGGCAGGGGCUGGCUGGAGUCGCAGACCUUGCCCUACGUGCAGCAAGCGUCGUUAUGGCAGAACUGCAGGAGGCAGGGUGGGGAAUGGAGCUGCGAGUCCCUCAUGGGUUACGCUUGGGGAAGAGCUGCUGCUGCGACAUACCUGGUUGGCUUUCUACUUCUAGUCAUCUGUUUUGCUCUGGCCAUCAUAGCAUUUGCCAUUGACACACUUCGGUUCAACUUCAUACGUGGGAUUGGAGGCUUACUUUUUGUGGCUGCUGUGUUCUCCAUCAUGGGCCUGGUCAUUUAUCCAGUAAAGUUCUCAUCUGAAAUGGAAAUGACAGGAAUUAAUAUGUUCAGCUGGGCCUAUGGCUUUGGCUGGACCACCGCCAUUAUGGAAAUAUGCUUGGGAUUCUUCUUCUGCUGCCUUCCUAACUAUGAAGAUCAGAUCCUGGGUAACGUCAAGCCCACAUAUUUUUACUCUUCCCCAUAAGCACCUGGAAAACUGUUUUCAUAUUCCAGAGAUAUCUGACAGACUAGCUAUGUUUUUCAGAAUAUUGUCAUCAGAUGUUAGUAGAAAAGGCUGGAAACUUUUCAAAUGUAAAAAAAUGGCACUGGCAUCUGCAAUAAAGUUAUUUACUCUAUUUUGGACCUUUAUAUCUGAUGUGGGUUGCUUAGAUAAAUUGUAAAUGUUAAAAGAUGUAGGUUUUCCUCAUUCGUUCCCAUGAGUGGGGUGCAUGUGGAUUCCAUUGCAUCUUCAAUACAGUCAUAUUUUUAAUUAAAUUUAGAAAAGCUUUUUAAACUGGCAAUUAACAGAACAAUGCGUUUCACCUUCCUGAAGGAAAGCAACUCACAAAAAAUCCCAUUUUAUAUGUAUCAUUUUUAAUCUAAAGAUUUUGCACAUUUUUCAAGAAGUAAAAUACCUUAAUCCACUGAUUAAGUGGUAAAUUAAUCAGCCAGCACUUCAUAACUUUGCUUCCAUUUUUCAUUCAUUCACUUAAGCUAUAAGGACAGGUUAAAAGAGGAUUAAAGUCACCUACUAAAGCCAGGAUCUUCACUUUUACCCAUCCAUAUGGAAUGUAUUUAUUUCUAAGUAUUAGCAAGAGUAAGAAAGGACCAUCAGUAAUCCCUUAAAAAUCCUGGCAUGCCAUUGCUGGUACCACUACAGAGUGGGCAGAGGCAGAGGGGAUUUCAAGCCACCCCUGCAAACUACAGACCUGGUUUGAUAAAGCUCCUGGUGUGGUUUUCUUCUUGGGCAUCUGACACUUUUUUUCUGCUGUAUCAAAACCUAUGGCUUUAAAAUGCUUUGUAAUAUGGUGCAGCUUUUUUAUCCAGUGUAGAAAGGUUGGGUAUGAUUCCCCUACACCUGAGGAGCUGAGCUGGAGCAGUGUGAGUGUAAGUAUCAAACAAUUGAUAAAAGGCCCUUUUUUCAUUCAUUUGUUGUUCUUAAGUAUUUUAAAAGUGGAAACUGCAUAUUGUCAUAUGUAACUGUAAAAUGCAUAAAUACACCUUGCCAUCUCAUACUAAAGCUCUCAAAGAGAAAAUCACAUCAUAAAACACCUUUCAGCAUGUUAUACUCCACAGUGCCUCAAGCCUAGAUAUAUUGCAAGCAAUGAAGUAUACUCAAGAUUCUGCUGGUUUCUGCUUUGUUAAACCUGACUUUAUAACAUCCAUUUAUUCUUAAAGGUGAAAAAAGAAAAAAGGAUAAUUUGUUAUGUGGAAAAGAAGUCUCAUCUAAACACUUAGCUACGGAGGUUUAUUAGCUUGUAACACAUCUGCAAUUUUUGUAACUAUGUAUGCUUUAUGAAAAGUGCCCUGCCAACUUUUCUUUACUCCAAAGGAUAAGAGGUAGAAAAUUUUUUAGUAAAACCUCUUGGUAGCUGAAAUCAAUAAAGGCACAGGGCUUCACCUGGGUUGUUUGGGGCUUUUGUUUGUUCAUUUGUUUAAGCAAUUAACUCCAUUCACUUCUAUGGAGUGUUUCUAACUUUGAUCAAUAAGCAUAAGAGAUG